CCGGCCCCGGCCCCGCCGCUCCGAAGGGCCCGCGCCGCCGCCCGGCACCGCCCUCCGCAGGGCAGCGCUUCCGCUUCCCGCGGCCCCGGCGCGGCCUCCCUGCGCGGGGCCGGCAUGGCGAGCUACAGCCGGGCGGCCCAGCAAUGGGCUACUUUUGGUAGAGCUUGGUACCUCCUCGAUGCGAAGAUGCAACCCCCAGGAAAAAUAGCAGCUGCCACUGUAAUCCGGCUCGAAGGCAGACAUAAGCCUAUUUAUCAUGCACUAAAUGACUGUGGAGAUCAUGUUGUCAUAAUAAAUACAAAGCAUAUUGCCUUCUCUGGUAACAAAUGGGAACAGAAAGUAUAUUCUUCGCAUACUGGUUAUCCUGGUGGUUUCAAACAAGUGACAGCAACUCAGCUCCAUUUGAAGGAUCCAACUGCUAUUGUUAAACUGGCUGUUUAUAGAAUGCUUCCAAAAAACCUUCAGAGAAGAACUCUGAUGCAGAGGCUACAUCUGUUCCCUGAAGAUGUUAUUCCAGAAGAUAUAGAGAAGAACCUUCUACAAGAGAUUCCUCAGCCACGUGCAGUCCCCAAGAGGUUAGAUGAAUAUACACCAGAAGAAAUUGCUGCCUUCCCAAAGGUUUGGACUCCACCUAAAGAUUUUCGAAGGAAGUAAUAAGAAUG